AACGACGCUACGCGAGAUUUCCGUCAUGGCUAACGUCAACUAGCUCGCUGUGUCAACCACAGUGACACCGGUCGAGGAGAUCCACCUACAGCUGCAGACGUCCCUCUGAUAUUUGAAAUCAUAAAGGGGGGGAAAUCUAAAAGCAGCCACCCACAGAGAGGUCCUGUCUGUCGGCUUGCAAGCGCCCUCACCGUCCCUCGGACUGCCCGCGGCUGUCGUCCUUUAAUCGGCCAGGUACUGUCCAGCCUCAUCAAGCCCCUCUGUGGAUCUUUAGCCCCUCAGGCAGGACAGUGGCAGAACCAGAGCCAGAGCCAUCGGGGACCAGACCAGCAGGCAGCAGGGCUCCAUGAGCACGACGGGGCAGCAGCAAGGGGGGGCCCUGCGUUCUCGCCGAGGUCUUGGCCGGGACAAGGACCCUGGGCAGGCCAUGGGCAUGGAGGCAGCCUGCUGGCUGGCCCCCGGAGUGCUGCGCAGGCUGAUCGAGCUGCCUUCACCCCCCCUGUCCCGACACCAGCUCAAGAGGCUGGAGGAGCACAGGUACAGCAGUGCUGGACGCUCCUUGCUGGAGCCUCUAAUGCAGCGUUACUGGGAAUGGUUGGUGGGACGAGUCCCCUCCUGGAUUGCCCCCAAUCUAAUCACCAUCAUAGGCCUGGCUACCAACGUCUUCACCACCCUUGUGCUCGUCUACUACUGCCCAACUGCCACUGAACAGGCUCCUCUCUGGGCGUACCUGCUGUGUGCGGUGGGUCUGUUUGUCUACCAGUCAUUGGAUGCCAUCGACGGGAAGCAGGCCAGAAGAACCAAUAGCAGCUCUCCUCUGGGCGAGCUGUUUGACCACGGCUGUGACUCCCUCUCCACCGUGUUUGUCGUGUUGGGAACCAGUAUAGCAGUGCAGAUGGGCACAAACCCGGACUGGAUGUUCUUCUGCUGCUUUGCUGGGAUGUUUAUGUUCUACUGUGCCCAUUGGCAGACCUACGUGUCAGGAACCCUGCGCUUUGGCAUCAUUGAUGUGACUGAGGUACAAAUCUUCAUAAUAAUCAUGUAUUUGCUGGCCGCCGUGGGAGGAUCUGCUUUUUGGCAGUCACUGAUUCCGAUCCUAAAUAUCCAGAUGAAAAUGGUCCCUGCCAUCUGCACUUUUUUAGGAGCCAUCUUCUCCUGCACCAAUUACUUCAGAGUUAUUUUUACAGGAGGUGUGGGCAAAAACGGAUCCACAAUAGCAGGAACUAGCGUCCUUUCUCCAGUCUUACAUAUUGGUUCAGUCAUAAUUUUGGCGAUGAUGAUAUACAAAAAGUCUGCUGUCCAGCUCUUUGAGAAACACCCAUGUCUUUAUAUCCUGGCGUUUGGCUUCGUCUCAGCCAAAAUCACCAAUAAAUUAGUUGUAGCACAUAUGACAAAAAGUGAGAUGCAUCUCCACGAUUUAGCCUUCCUUGGACCAGGACUACUGUUCCUGAAUCAGUAUUUCAAUAGUUUUAUUGAUGAGUACCUGGUACUGUGGAUUGCAUUGGUCAUUUCCUUGUUUGACUUGGUGCGUUACUGUGUCAGUGUUUGCAACCAGAUUGCCUGCCAUCUUCACAUUUUUGUUUUCAAAAUCAAGCCUUGUUCAGUGCUCAGUUCAGCUCCUCACUGAGGACACGCCGGCCAUUACUGACUCUGUCCCUUCCUGUUAGUUGCACUCAUCUUUUCUUCACUCUGUUUUCCACGUAGAGAUGCAGGGGAUGACGUGGUGUAAAGUAUGUGCUUCUGCCAACUGAAUGUGAGGACAAAUAAUAUAUAUUAAGAUACUGGAGUAUUACUGUCAUUGUUUCUUUUUCACCAGUGCAGAAAUGAAUUUGUACCAGUUUCAUCCUCUGCCCCAGUAAUAGGAAUUCUCCUUAUGACAAACUCAGAGCAAAUAUUUCAGGAGAGUACAGGUGCUACUCAGUAUGUUCAAGGAGAGAAACUUAAACUUAAGUGUGUUUUAACAGUUCAUGUGCAAGAAAAAUGUAUAGGAAAUGAAUCACUCUGCUUUUCAUGAUUAUAAUUUUUGUAAUAUUUGCAUAACUUUACCUUUUUGCUAUUGUAAAUACCAAACUGUACGGUGUCUGUGCUUCUCUUUUAAGUUAAAAAAUCCUGCUUUGACACAUUUAUAAACUCUUCCUUUAUGUUUAUGAUUUUUAAGCAACUUUAUUUCCUGCAUGUUACACAAAACUGUGCAACUAUUUCACAUCAGCAAAAGUUACGGUUUUGGAGGAAACUAAAUGCCGACUUUGUCACAUUUUUUCUUUUUUUGCAUAUCAGAAUGUACUUAUUGAACAAACCUGCAAAAUAUUCACUGCCAACGUUUUUUCAUGUAGUUUGUCAACUAAAACCACUUUGGUAAAGGUACACGUUGGGUUUUUUGGGUGCUGUUCAAGUCAUGGGAGGGUUUUUGUGUUUAUUGUCACAUGUAACGUUAUUUGCUAUAUUCAUUAUGAAGUUGAUAGUUUGGUUAAUGGUUCGCGGUGUUAGGCUUUCUCUACACUUUAUUCUUUUUAUUGUAAAUAGAAAAGGAAACGCACCUUGCACGUCACGUUGUCAGUUUGCUUUCUGUCACUCCUCAUCCCUCUUCUCCACAUGCUAUUAACGUGUGAUUUGUAUUUGGAUACCUUAUCUGGAUCAGGGGGAAAAACCCCCCCAAACAUUUUAAUCCGAUCUGAGCAGGUGUAAAUGACAUCUGUACAGUUUGAACACCCUCUUAACAUCGUUUCUGACCUGAGACAAACCAUGUCUGUUGACAAGUCUGCCAGCUCUGAUUACCUAAUUUGCAGAUUUAGAGAUAUAAUCACAAUGUGGGCAGUGGAGAUAAUGAGGACACCUUUUAAUACCAGGUUUAAAUGUAAAAACCUGUGGUCAGAUCAGGAUAACGUAUCCAAAUACAGAUCACAUGUUAAUAACAGGUGGACAUGAGGAUAAAUCUGCUGGUGUUUUUAUUUUUUUCUUGUCAACAAAUCCCAUGAAAGGACCAAAACCAAGUGUUAGUUUGUCUCUCAAUACUUCCAUCCUCUGUCUGUUCCACUCAGCCCCGAGCCCACUGGUUGCUACUGAAGACGUAUAUCUUUAAAAACCCCUCAGAAAUAUACUGUUUAAUUUAAAAAAGACUCAGUUAUUCCCCAAAAUGGCCGGGCACUUUAGUUUUUAACAAACAUUACUCAAAGAAGAGAAAAUUGUGCAAUUGUUGGGGACUAUAUUCAGCGGUGGAUUAAUCCAUAUUUAGUGCUCUAGUGAGUAUUUUUGGCAACAUUAUGAUGUUUGUAGGAUGUGGAAUAACAAAGUAGCUUCACUGCACAGAAGAAUAAGAUACUGUAUAUCAGGCUGUGGAUACACAGGCAAUAGUUUUCUUGUUAAUACGAUUGGUUUGUUGUUGGUUUUGGUCUUUUCAUGGAAUUUGUUGACCAGAAAAAACAUUGAAUAUCACCAGACUGAUGCCAUGUUGGUUAUUUAUGUAAACAUCACACUCCUUCCUACGUUGCCGGUGGAUGCUGCUACUUCACUCAAUCACUGUUUUGAAAAUUCAUCCAUUAAUAUAAUAAUCUAGUCGGCAUUAUGUUUCCCCAAAACAUACCUGCUGAAGCAGAACAGUUGCACAUGCACUGAAUGUGUAGGAAAUGAGGUCACACGAUGACAUCACAGUUUUUGAGGUGGUAAAUGACGAGAAUCGGAUCAAACUUUGUCUCUGACAGUUAAUAAAAACCUGUUUAUUUGAA